UUUUCUGACGCCAGUCCGUCGGGGGUCGAAGUCACGCCAACGUCUGGCACCGGCCCCUCCGUCGGCCCUUUACAAUCGGCCCUUGGCAUCCUUUGCGGAAGAAAUUUUGAAAGGAAAAGAAACAAACGGGUACUCUUUGGCUCGUCCUUUCGUCGCGUGCGCGUCGUGAUAACGUGGAAAGAGUGAAGGAACGAAGAAAACCGAGAAGGAAUAGUGAAGGUAGAAGUGAUGAUCGUCAGUGUUGUCCUUCGAGAAGUGAGAUGACGACUCUCUGUCUGUGAGUGAAUACAGUGUUCAUCCUUUGAUCUUUCCUUAAGAAUAAGUAUGAAAUCGUGAAAUCAAAAAUAGGUGAUAUAUUUGCGUAUAUUAAUUUUUCCGUUUGGAUUGCGUCUUUGAUAUACAUAUAUAUAAUUUUUUUUCUUAUUGUUUAAUCUUUGUAUUAACGACGUGACAUUCACGAUGAUUAUCGCACGUUGAUUACCCAGGCCAGAGUAAGAAAGUGAAAGAAAGAGAAAGAAGGAAGAUCGAUUGGAUGAAAGCAUAAGUCAAGUCUCGAGGAAAAAAGUGAACUAAUAUUUGCCGAAUCUUGCUCCGUCCAAAGAAGAGACUCGCCCCGAGACAAAAAUAGCGGCCAAGUGAGCUGUUCUUUAUCAACCGGUCUAAAGCUUCUUUGCGUUAUUUUUUAAAUAAAAAUGAAACGUAUACGCAAAUAUCCGCGAGUGAAGGUUAUUAAUACCUUGGUAAAUAAAUGCCUUUUGUCGUUUCACGCAUUCGAUUAGUUUUUAUUAGUGUAAUUACAUCAAUGUGAUCUCUACAAAGUGUUUGAUUAAAAGCUGUCGUUUUUUAUCGGGGAAGUGGGAAGACGUGCUACUGCGGAUAUCUACGAUUACGAACGAAGGUGUGAUAAACAAUUAAAUGACAAAGAAAAAGGGAUGUCGAACUUCGAAGUAAGAUCGGUUAGCCACUCUCGACUGCGUCUUCCGUCGGGAGGUGGCUUGGUCGGUUUGCAAAAUUGGCCAGUGUUUAGAUGGGUUCGGUAGGUCUCGAAGAACGCAGGUAUGUUCUCGAGCAUUUUUUAGCCGGCUCGUAAUUUUUCUAGGUAGGGAAGAUGAGCGGGGAAGAUUCGAUUCUCUUGGAAAAGACUAUUAAGUGAGAGUCGAAUGAAGAGAAUUAAUCGUAGAAUAACCAGGUGAUCAUCGUCAUCGUGGACGAUCGAUCGUGAAAGAUCAAAGAAACGGGAUCAGCAAUAGAAUGUUCAGGUGAUCAUCAUCGAACAUCAAAGAUUAAAUAUCAGGUAAAAGAUGUCCAGGUGGUCGUCAUCAUCGUCGAUGAUCGAUUGAGGAUCGAACAAAAAGGAUCGAGAAGAUUAUGUUCAGGUGGUCAUCAUCAUCGUCGAUGAUCCUGGCGUCGAUGAUCCUGGUGUUGGAGCUGGUGCUCGCCGCGCUGGCAGGCGCCGAGCUCAGCUCGAGAAUCGUCAGGACGAAAUACGGCGAGCUGUCCGGUGUGAUAGUCACUCUCGAUCGUUAUCUCGAGGGCGUCGAGGUAUUUCGUGGCGUACCGUACGCCUCGCCACCGAUUGGUUCCUUACGCUUUAUGCCGCCCGUUAGCGGCGCCUUGUGGCACGGCGUCAAGGUCGCCGACAAGUUCGGCCCUGUCUGCCCGCAAAAGCUUCCGGAAUUGACCGACAAGAUGCCGAAAGGCAGACUCGAGUAUCUCAGAAGACUGCUACCCUAUCUUCGCAAUCAAAGCGAGGAUUGUCUCUACCUCAACAUUUACGCGCCUGUUCAAGCCGGUGCGAGGGACGGUGGUGGAAGGAGAUAUCCUGUGAUUGUGUUCGUGCAUGGUGAAAGCUAUGAGUGGAGCAGCGGCAAUCCUUACGACGGCAGCGUCCUAGCAAGCUAUGGUGGCGUUGUUGUAGUUACCAUAAACUACAGACUAGGAAUCCUUGGCUUUCUAAAUGCCAACACAGAUUCGCACUUACGGUCGCCGGCAAAUUACGGGCUAAUGGAUCAAAUCGCAGCGUUACAUUGGGUACAAGAGAACAUAGCCUAUUUCGGAGGUGAUCCUGGAAAUGUGACGUUGGUCGGUCAUGGUACCGGUGCAGCCUGCGUCAAUUUCCUCAUGACUAGUCAGGCCGUACCUGAUGGACUCCUUUUUCAUCGCGGAGUUUUGAUGUCAGGUAGCGCGCUCUCGCCUUGGGCGCUGGUAAGAGGGGCUGCUAAUUACGCCAUGCAAGUUGCCAAACAUCUGAAUUGCUCGUCGGUUGCUGGUGAUCCACAAGCGCUGUUACGGUGUCUCAGGAACAUACCGUUGAACACUUUGAUAUCGGUACCAGUGAAGGGUCUAGAAUUUGCUCCAGCCUUCGGCCCAAGCAUAGACGGCGUUGUCAUCGAUCCAGGAGAUCCCGAGGAUCAAGACUUCACAUUGCAAGUGGAUACGAUCAACACGUUGAACAACAUUUUAUUGAGAAAGGACGUCGUAGCAAAGCUCUCAAGGUACGAUCUAAUGGUAGGUGUAGUACGAUCCGAAGCAUAUUUUUCAUUGACGGCGGACGACGCUCAAUACGGUAUUGAAGCCGACAGAAGAACGAAAAUACUUCGUGAAUUCGUACGGAAUACUUACACGUAUCAUCAACCAGAAAUUUUAGCUACGAUUAUUAACGAAUACACGGAUUGGGAGAGACCCGUCCAGCAUCCCGUUAAUAUUAGGGACGAGACACUAGAAGCUCUUGGCGACGCUAACACUGUCGCACCCGCUACGAGAACGGCGGAUCUUCACAGCCAAUCUCAUCGAAACUCCUAUCUCUAUGUUUUCGACUAUCAAACGAAAUUCGGAGACUAUCCUCAGAGACCGGGCUGUAUCCAUGGCGAAGAGCUGCCAUAUUUUUUUGGAGCACCGAUAGUCGGGGGCUUGGCACACUGGCCGAAAAAUUACACCAGAGCGGAAAUCGCUCUAUCCGAAAGUGUUAUAUUGUACCUGACGAAUUUCGCGCGUACCGGGUAUGUAUAUAUUAAUCCUAACGAGGGUACGCCCGAUCCUGGUCCAAUGGGUUCGAGACCCGAACGUACGAAGUUCAAGAACAUCGAUUGGACCGCCUACGAGGCGGUGCACAAGAAAUAUCUCAGUAUAGAACUCAAGUCGAAGUUGAAGAACCACUACAGGGCGCACAGACUUUCUUUUUGGUUGAAUCUCGUGCCUGAUCUCCAUAAGCCUGGUUCCGACGACGUUCCUAGGUCGCAUCAUCUUUUGGACGCGGAACAGGUACCACCGAGAUUCAUUCAAAGGGUACCAACGACGGCACGUACGAUGACAUCGGAAGUGACGAUCGUUGAUAGGUCACUAAACGGUUCGACCGCAAUACCGAGCGAAUUAGCGGUCGAGAAUUCGACCGAUCAACCGGAAGACGGUUUUGCUGCUUACUCGACAGCACUUAGCGUGACGGUAGCGAUCGGUUGUAGUCUUUUAAUUCUGAACGUUUUGAUAUUCGCUGGGGUCUACUAUCAACGUGACAAGAGCAAUCAACACAGUUGUUCGAAAAAACGACAGGAGAAUGGACAAAUGCCAAACAAUAUAUGCGGCGAGUUAGAAACGAAGACUGCCGAGAGACAUCACAUACAGCACAUACCACCCCCCGAAUUCGCAGAUCUACAAAACAAUAGUUGUCACGUACCGAUGCCUCCACCACCCCCGAAAAACACGAAACCAGGCAAACCAACUCAAAAUCUUAUCAUCAGUCCUAAUCAAUUGCAACAGGAAAGUUUAGCUAUGUCGGCUGCGGGCACAUUGAAGAAAGGACAUAAUCAUCAGCAACAAAUCAUGGAGGAAUUGAGGGUUUGACUCUAGGAGUUUCUACCUUACCGAUACGUACCGCGACGGAUCCAUCCAACCAAGAACUCUCGAUAAAACGGGCCUAUCGGUUAGGAGGCUCGUACGCAACUGUACGCAAACUGUCGAUCUCUUUCUCGGAUUUUCCGAUAAACAAAGAAAAAGAAAUAGAGAGAGAGAGAGAGAGAGAGAGAGAGAGAGAGAGAGAGAAGAAAAAAAAAGCGGACGAAACCAAACGCGAGAGAACGUAUCCGUCUUCGUCGUCCUCUCAAUACGUCGAGUCGACGCCGAUUAUGCCAAAAUAGCCAAAAAAAAAAAAAAGAACAAAAAGAAAAAGAAGAAAGAAAAAAAUUGAUAAACAAAAAACCGACUGUUUUUUACCUUUAACAAAAAUUACCGACCAACUGCCGAGAAUUCUUAGUAUUCGAUCGAAAAACUAAUCUGCCAUAAUCCGUAGAGAAAAAGCCUCAAUCGUUCGAGAUUUUGACCUUUGGACCGAACACGUACGAUACUUUACGUUUACGUAAACGUCCGAUAAAACGUUGCCAGUUCAAAGCUCGAACUUCUCCCCCGACGAUUGAUAUUUUUGUCAGUGCUGUUAUUACUCGAAUCACGGACUGGAUAAUGUUUUACGUAAAUAUAUCGUUCCAACAGUCGCGCCUAGAUUUUUAAAUGGAGUGCGUAUCCCGUCGCUUCGUUCUCUUAACGAGUCAUUAAGCUCUGUACAUAAUUAUCUCGCAUCAUGUAAAAUGCGUUAAAAUAUACGCGGGAUAAAUCGGAGGUACGCGUAUGCUGUGUAUGAAUCUGUAAUGAUGGAUCUCGAUAGAAUAAUGUUGGGCCUCGAUGAAAGAGAUCUACAAAAUGGAGUCAACUUUAGAUUAUAGAUAAUCAAUGAAAAUAAAACUUUUCGUGUAUAUUAAAAGCAGCAUAUCUUACUAUACGCGUUUCCGAUAUAAUCCCAUGUACAUUGUACAUAAAUAUUCAUCAUUUUGUUCACCGUUUCACAUAAAAUAGACUGACAAUGGAGUUGCUCUUAUUGAGUAACGUUGUACCAGAACGAAUGAAUUAAGCAAAUAUAUAUAAAAAAGAAGAAAGAUAUAACAAAUCAUCAUUCUUGAGGAGAAAGCAAAAUUGAACUGCCGUCAUUCAAGAUUAUAGUUCGCGUUCCGGUCGUCUGCAUUUAAAUAAAUAAAUAAAUAAAUAAAUAAAUAAAUAAAUAAAUAAAAACAAGAAAAAAAGAAAAGAAAUAAAAAGGAAAAAAAAAAGAAAAAAAAGUUAUCUCUUCGGUAGACAAUGAACGUCCGCCAUGUUGGAUCGAUCGGAAUUGCCGACAGUACUGAAAUCAAUUUUCUCUCUAUUGUACAUGUCUUCUUUUAUCCUUUUUUUCGUUCCUUCCUUUUUUUUCACACAAGAGACUAUGCACACGGCGUACGAUCGAUAUUCAAAAAACUAAACGACUAAUUUAUUAUACGAUUAUUAUUACCGGAACUAAAGAUCGAUCGUAUAAUAAUAAUAAUAAUAAUAAUAAUAAUAAUAAUAAUAAUAAUAAUAAUAAUAAUAAUAAUAAUAAUAAUAAUAAUAUAAUAAUAAUAAUAAUAAUAAUAAUAAUGAUACUGCCAAAGGGGAGGAAAAAAAAGAAAAAAUCACGGUAAAUACUUUUAGAGAAAAGGAAAACGAUAGGAAGCGUACUCUUAUUAGCGAAUAAUUAGGUAUUUAAUUACGAAGACCGAGGAAUGAAUCGGCGUUAACUGAUCACCGUGACUACGAAGAACGCGUAUCAUUGUUAAUGUAAGAAAAUAGAAAGAAUUUACCAAGGGCAAAGGAGACAAUAGGUCAUGUCCUGUCUUUUGCCGGUGCAACGAGUCGAUAAUAUCUUCUCUUUUUUUCUUUUUUAUUUUUCUUGCGCACUUCGAAACAAUAUUGUAAAUAAUUACGUAAGAAUACGUUCUUAGCGAUUCGUUAUAUAACGUUGACGAUGUAACAGUGACAAAAGAAAAAUAAAAUAAAAGAAAAAAAAGAAGAGAAAAUGACGACAAGAAAAAAAGAGAGAGAGAAAAAAAAAUGUUUAAAAUAAAAAGGGGACUAUCGAAAUGUCGAUUCGAAUUUGCCGCGUCAUGAUAUAAAAUGAGACUAGGUCGUAGCACGUGACCAGGAACAAAACGCUGGCGGUAAUUUUAAAUUUGUAUAUAAUUGAUAUUAUACAUACAAUAAAGUACGUAAACGAUUACCAUCAUCAAA